AUGACCGAGACCAGCACCGACGACUCCGCGCUUCGUCGUGGUCAUGGCCCUCGUUUUCUUUUCCGCCAUCGAAGAGGAGGAGGCGCGGGGCAACGCGCUUUGCUGGUACGGCACCAGCUACUCUCCGGAUGCUGCGGGGACGGCGCCGCCGUGGACUGCUGGGGCGGCCUUCGGAGGGCCUCGGCCGCCUCGCUCUGGGUCGCCGAGGACUUCUGCUGCCACGCGCUGCCGCCAGGCUACGGGAAGUGCUACGAGGGGCUCGAGGGCAGGGAGGCGGGGGUCUUGACGACCCAUGCAGACUUCUAUGCCUACAUGGCCUCGCGGCCGCCCGAGCUGUGGCUCUACGCGUGCCUGCACCCGGCCUCCCCGCUGCUGUGGAGCAGGGACUGCGACUGCUGCGAGCCGCCCCUGCCGGGGCGCUCGGAGCCGCAGUGCGCCGCGGGCCUGGCGGGCCUCAACGGGUCCGGCGUGUCCAGGGAGCACCUGCACGCGCACCUGGAGGCCGCCUCCCUCGACGCAGGAGCGGUGGCCGUGGCCAGCCUGCAGCGGCCCUUCAGCUCUCAGGGGUGCCUGGUCUCGGCGCGCAGAGGCGAGGUGGCCACGUGCGACGAGGCGGAGGCAUGCCCGACGGAGGACUGUGCCUACAUGAAGGCCUUCAAGCUGGCGCUGAUGGUCACGACCGUCGGCUUCGACGGCGUGCCCGUGUUCACGCGCGUUGGGACCCGGUGGAGCAACACCGUCGCGCUGCCGGUGGAGUGGCAGUUGCACCCCGCGCAGUGCAACCGGCACGUCAUGGACGCCGUGUGGGCCAAGCUCGUGUGGCGCGGCACGGCCUCGAACUGCCGGACCUUCCGCUGCAGGCUCACCGCCGCUGCCGAGGACGCCGCGGAGCUGGAGAGGUGCGUGCGGCCCCCCAGCAGCCACACUCUGGGCUGCGAGUGGAACUUCACCACAUUCGAGGAGCAACUCUGGAUGGGGCGUUUUGUGCCUUGGAUCGACGCCAAGUUCGUGGACUACGAGCCAAGUUCAGGCAGGCGCUGGAUGGCGCCCGACCUCCAGCGCUUCUUGGUCGAUGAGAGCAUGCUCGUGUCGGAGCGUAUGAGCGUGAAGGACCAGGGAGGGUACAAGUACGCGAUCGCCGUGGAGGGCUUCGCCGCCGCAGACCGCGUCUACUGGCAGCUGUUCACCAGCUCCGUGGUGCUUGUGCCGGACGGGCCGUGGCAAGUGUUCGCGGUCCACGCGAUGCUGGAGCCCUACGUACACUACGUGCCUGUGCGGUACGACCUGGCGGACCUGGCAGAGAAGGUGGAGUGGCUCAGGCGGCGCGACGAGGAGGCGAAGCAGAUCGCCGGGAAUGCGCGGGCCUUUGCCUUGCGGUACCUGACGUGCGACAGCGUGGUCUAUUUCGUCGACAGGCUGCUGCGGGCGUACGCUGGCCGGCUGUGCUUGAUGGCGUCCCAGGCCGCCACGACCGAGCUCGCGUCGGCGGCGGGCUCAGAUACGGCGACGCUCGCCGACGACCGCUCCGUAUGUGCUAUCGCUGAGGCGGACUCGGAUGGCGCCAUCCUCGUAGAGUCUGACGACACGCCCGCGCCGCAGCCCGACACCGUGCCGCAGCCCGAGACCGUGCCCUACUUCGCCCCAGGCGAGACGCCGACCGACUCGCCCCCGCUCGUGCCUCCCGAGUCGCAGUACACGGACGCCCAGCGCCCAUCGCCAUUGUCGCCGUUGUCCCAGGGCAUCGUGGAGUCGUUGUCGCAGAAGGUGUUGGACGAUAAGGUCAGAGAGGAGAAAGCGGGUGAGAUCGACAGGUUCAACGAUCAAUCGUUUCAGGUCUUGAUGCAGGCUAGCCGCGACGAGGCGGCCAGGAAAGGCAUCCCUUUCGAUGACGGGUCGUGCCCGCCAUGUCCGCUGGCUCGGCCCUCGGACUGGGUCGACGACGACGACAGCAGACCGCUGGUGACAGGGAAGGGCAAGGGCAGCGGUGGCAGCCGCGGCGACAGGCGGCGCCCAUUGGCGCCAGACGGCGCCGCGCCCGAUGGCAGCCUCAGCCAAGCCGCAGCGGCAGAGCCCCGCGCGAGUGGCGAGGCAACGGCGGCAUCGGGGGACGCGGCGGCGGGCCCGCAGGACGGCGCAGCAGGCGUGAAGUCGCCGCGCGCCAAGGCCAGGAAGAUCGACAAUACCUCGUCAGAGGAGCGGCCCACGGCGCUCGAGACCCCGCCGAAGCAGGAGCGGCCCUCGGUGAUGGCGACUGCGCCCCUCAUCAACAACGCGGGCUCGGCGGCCAUGGCGCCCAAAUCCAAGAAGGCCCAGGACGAUGAUGAGGAUGAUGAGGCAGAUCAGGCAGAUUAUAUCGAUUACACGACGGCCCCGCUCCAUGAGUCGAAGAUGUCGAAGACGGGUGUCGAGAAGUAUGCAGCUCUGAUACGGGAAACUAGAACGGUGGCGUGCAAGUUGUACCCUGUCGAGACUAAGGCGCGCGAGAAGACCAAGUGGGCUGAGGAUCUUUUCGGGAAGGCCAAGUCGGGUGACUGCAGCAACGAUGACGAGGAUGACGAUGACGAGCCCAAGAAGCCGAACUCAAAAAAAACGCAGAUAAACGCAGGCGUUGCGCGCGUCCUCGCCAAGGAGGGACCCCAUACGAAACCUACGCCCGUCAAGAGUAAGGACGGGAAGCUGUGCUCCCGCAGUGGGCUCGAGAUUUUGCACAGCGCCGACGGUUGGCACUUCGGAUGGGCAGGGCACUACAUUCGGGCGAUCAAGGAGCCGUCCGAGCCGUUGCUGGUGGCCAAGUGGCCCGACGGCUACAAGUGGUGCAUCCCCAACACGUCCGCCGACAUGCAGGAAAAGCCAGUCGACAAGACCAACUGCAUCUUGUGGAGGGGCACAGACCCGAGGUCUCAGAAGCCGUUGCAGGCCAUCGAGAUCAGCCACGCGAAUAAGGGCAAGUGGUUCGCGAUCAGGGCUCAGCCAGAUACGCAGGUCUGGCAGAUCCAGGGGUACGGCGAGCACAACAGACAGGCGGUGCUCAAGCUCGUCCUGGAGGCGGCGGAGAAGUACAGCAAGCAGGAGUGGGAGAAGGAGCACAUGGAGAAGGCCAAGCAAGAGCUGCUGAAGGAGCUCCCCGACACGGACGCGAAGAAGGCCAUCGCCACGAGGAGGGCGAAGGCGGCGGCCAUGAAGAGGCCCGCAGCCAGCAAGCCUCCACCAGGGCCCGAGGUCAGCGAGGUCGAGGGCGACGAUGAUCCCAACGCGAAGAAGAAGCCUGCUGCAGUGGGCAAGCCUCCAUCCAAGAGCGGCACGAAGCGCCCAUCCGCGGUGGCGGUGACCGAGGGCGUAGGAACGGGAGCAGUGACGCCAAGCCCUAAGAAGCCGAAGGUGAAAUCGCCGUCUGCUGCUGCGCCUCCCACCGCCAAGCCGAUUGUCAAACCAUCGCAGCCAGUGCCAGUAGCAGCCGCGUCGCCAGCAGCAAAGCCGAAGAACAAGUUCUGCCCAGGCGAUGCCAGCCCUGGCAGCGAGUCUUCGUGGUAA